UUUCAGGUAAAAAACAAAAUAAUUAUGGAGGUAGAUACGGCAAGUAGCCGCCACUCAACUGUGUUAAAGCGAAAAGCGACCGAUUCGAUCAAUGAAAUUCUUAAUUACGGACAAUCGUCGACUAGCCCACAGAAACGAUGUAAGAAAGCUGCUUCUCUUCACAAGUACAGAGAUAUGGAAACAUAUCACAAAAUUAUCAAAACGUACAAGGCACCCACGUGGUACGGAUGCGCGGUCUCUCCACGUGAUCUCGCAGACUAUGGAUGGGCUUGUGUGAAGAAAGACUGUGUUAAAUGCAUUGAAUGUGAGCAAUACCUCAGCACAGUUCUCCCGAAUAUUUGUAAAGUCUCAUUCAACGUCUACAACUCAUCUCUUCAAGAUAUUCACGAAAAAAUGACGACAGCUCACCGAACAACCUGCAAGCUUCGAUGUGGUGCUCCACCAUUCCGAAUCGUUGAGCCAACAGCCAAAGAAGUAAUGGAUGGAAUUCAACGGAGAUUGUCUGAUUCUAAAAAAAUUAUCGAUGAAGACUUGAAGGCUGAUAUCCCAUCAGAUGUGAAUCUUCCGAAAAUUGAAGGAGUUCCAGAACAACUUAUUUAUGUAGCAGCUCUUGGAUGGCAUGUUUCGAUGCCAAAACGAGGAUCUCUUCUUUUUGGAUGUGACAAUUGUGCCAGAGAGUUAGCCAUUAGGUGCGGAAACAAAUUUGAUCCGAUUCACAAUCAUGAACGUUGGUGUCCUCGGAUUGAAAUGGAUGAUCACGGGGAACCAAGUUGGCAAUCUGAUCUCAACACUGUCCUCAACACAAAAAAUCAUGUGACUAACCGAUACACUGGGUCAUCGAUCUUCAAAGAAGCAUACGCGGCUCGACGUCUUCUCGACAGUUCACUUUCUACAAUCAUCACACCAAAUUAUAUUUGAUGCUUUUUUCCAAUUUUCUUUCGUGUUUUGUCCCGCGACAUCUUCAUCCAGUGCCUCUUAUGAAUCGUCUAGUUCUUUCUUAUUUUUUGCCUUAUUUUCAGUUGGCUCCAACCCAUCCAACCAGUCAUCUCACUCUUUUUGCACUUUCCAGGGCCCCAAAUCUUUUUCGAUCACAUUUUUUUCUUUUGCCUCACAUUCGGAACACUUUGAUUUUAAUAUAAUAGUUUAAAGAAUGAUAUUCUUGACAAAUUCGCAUCCAUCAAUAUUAGUAGAACAUGCUCAUCAUGAAAUACCCCUUUUCCUUAUUGGAAAAUCGACCAUAGACGGGUCCAUAUCGUCUUUUCAUUCUAUUUCCCCCUCCUCAUUUGUGCCCUACUUGUACUAUUCAUUCGUGAAAAUAGACUUUGUUUUUUUAAAACGAAAAUAUUACAAGUCCUCGCUCGUUCCUCUACCACUAGGCUUCAAUCAUUUCACGGAUCUUUUCUGACUUUUAUAAACUAGAUUUCGUCUUUUUUUUAAAUGAACAAUAUAUCUCG